AUGACAAAAAACGAUGGAGACUGGAAGAAGAGUAAGACGAGUGAGAAGCAGAGGAGGUGACAGUGGGGGACGUUCAGUGCUCAGCGAUGUGUUAUGAUCUUACACAUACACACAGGGACACACACUCACAAUUAAACAUGCUUCCGGUGCUCAGGAGAACAUUCUAGUGACUUACAUCCAUCAAAAUAGGCAGAAAAAUAAUAAACUGAUUUAAUUUGGCACAUCUUAUUUUAAAUUGUUAAGUGGAGCACCCGGACACUGUAAACUUAAAUUACAAGCAUAUGGCACAUCCCUUGUUGCUACUUUUGAGCUGGGGAACAAUAUCCAGUCAAUGCCAUCCUACAAGGAUUUAGGGCAUCAGGGUUGAAGUUGAGGCUGUCGCUUCAAUUCCACUUAUGUCCAUAGAUCUGUUUAAAAAUGGACGAUGCCUCCAGUGUCCAACACAAGGAAGUGCAUAAUAAAAACUCAUACUGCUAAUUUUGUCUUAUAGCUGAUCAAUCUGCUUCACGUGAACCUGAUAAGUUUGUUGGAUGUGUUUAAUGUUUGAAUUUUAUUUUUAAUAUUUAAUGUUGUUCCUUUUUAAUUAUUAAGAAUAAUACAGUCACCCUAAAGGAAGAGUUAUAUUGUACUGACAUACACUAAUGUGCUUGCGUACAAAUUCACAGGAUUUAAUUCAUAGACACACUAUGCCUACAUAAAUUCAGUGUAACUAUAAGGUUUAUACUGAUACACCCCAUACAUGAUACCUGGAUGAUAGAUAGAAACAAAUCUUUAACCAAAGCAAAUCUACAGCCACAAGAUAUCAGAUUUCCACCUCAUGAUUAUCUUGACCAUCAAAUAUCAUGAUGAAGAAAUUCUGCAAUAUUCACAGAAAAUUCUAAAAUGAAUAUUACAGUUAAAAAUUUUGAGUUAAAGUAAAGGAAAAGGUAAGACAAGGAUGGAGCAAUCUAACAUACGUAUGUGUUUAUAAACAACACAGGACCAUACGUAUGUUUUACCAGUAGACACAGUUAACUUAACUGUCAUCAUUCAUUCUUUUUACAUACAAACUUAUAAUUUAUUCAAAUCACUGGCUGUGUAAUUUAAACUACUCUGCUGUAUAAGUAACCUCCUAAAACAAUUGUUUAUCAUGCUUUUAUUUAGGAAUUUUUUCUGUCUUGCAUUAGUUGUUUUAUUUCCUACAUUGUAAAACUUCACUUUUAUUUUGAAAUAUGAUAUGUGAUUGAAACUUCUUCAGUAAAUUCAGUAUAUGAUGCUGGUUAUGAAACCGAAUAAAACCAUUAAAAGAACAGUUUUAAAGCAUUAUUGUUCAAUUAGUUAUUAGCCUUAAGAUGAAGUUGCAUUUGGACAUACAUAAAAAUUGUGGAAUUUUAGUUUUUUGAAGUGUCCAGUAUUCUCUUAGAGAGCUGCUUUAAGCUAGUUCUCAAGCAGUCUGUGGCUUCUUCUUCAUCUUUCCUUGGUUGGCAAUGUGUGGCAACCAGCUUCAAUGACUUCAACCAUGAACUCACAGAAUCAUUGUUUAUUUAUUCAAGCAAAAUGUCUGUACUUUAUAUUUUCAUAUAGAUAGCUGCCUACAAUACCCGUAUAUUGUGAGAGCUCUAAUCUAUAUAAUGGAUAAAUGGUUGCCAGAUAUCUUCAGAAAUGUCAUUUUAAAUAAGAUGCAUGUGAAUUGUGCUAUUGUGGAAUAUAAUUGGCCUUCUCUGAGGUCCAUUAUUGAUGAAGAAUUCAGUGCAAUACAUUUUCUGAAAACAGCUAAUUCAAUCUAUCUUCAGUUUUGUAGGAUUCUCCAAAAUAAAAACUGGGGGUGUUGUUCUUCAUGUUUUGACAGUUUUAGUCAUAGCUUCAUCCAGAUGGUACCAGACAGUUGUAGUUUAAAUACAUUUCCGGGUGGACUUUUGGUUGACCAGCCUUCAUGCACGCACAAAAUGUGAUGUGAUAGAAAUGAGUUGAGAUUUUGUUGUGAUUAGACCCACAAAGAAGUGAGCUCAUGAGGCUUCAGGACCGCAAUAUUUGUCAGUGGUUUAUUUGUAUUGUGUAUGUGAAGUUAAUAAUUAAAGAGUAGAAUGGCGUUAUCAUUUAAUAUUACACUUCAGUGGUUUACCAUGAGGGAAGUGGGAACCAUCUUUUCGCAGUAAAUCCAUAUAAAGUUACCACAUGAACUGAUUCAUGUGCCCACAAUGUGAUUAAUACACACACACACACACACACACUCACUCUCUCUCUCUCUCCCUUUCUCUCCCCCUCUCUGUCUCUUGUUCCCUCACUCACUUGCUCCCUCUCCCUCAUUCUGGCUCUGUUGCCAAGGCUACCGCACAGCCUCUUGCUGCAUAUACCUAGACGAAGCUGCCGCCUGUGGAUCGCUCUCUCCUCCAGGAUACAAACAAAAGAAAAAAACCAUCAGACUUCGGAGCCUUUAGCUCUUUUACAAACACUCACUCACACACACACACACACACACACACGCACACACACACACUCACUCUUAAAUUGGCAGAAUCUUCCUCUUCUAACCCCCACACACUCCUCCGCUUCCUCUCACUGUUCCCUUGCUCCUUCUCCCAUGCAAACACGCUCCUUCUUCUUCCUGCAGACAGAGGAGCAGUAAAGAGAUUGGCGUGGUUGUCGGUGUUUGGCUCCUGGUCUUUGGCUCAGAGGGAGCAGAGCAGCAGAUGGCAAUGUGAAGACGGGCUCAGCCAGGUAAGAGGACUUAUCCUAACCAGACUUAAGGCUGUGGCUGAGUGACUGUUCCAGCAGCUCCUCCUCCUCCUCCUUCUCAUCUACUCCCUCUGUCUCUCCCUCUCUCCCCUGUGCGACAUGAGGUGAAUACCAAUUCUUCAGCAAAGCCCCAACAGUGCAUAUGGCUGCUGCGCUCUCCUGGCUGUGAAAAGGUAGGCAUCUUUACCGUAGCCUCAGUAUGUUUGCGCGUGUUUAUUUUCAGAUCUCUUCAGGCUCAUGAUUUGCCAACCGGUUGAUCAUCUCUUUGUUUUAUUUCUGUGUGUUUCCUGUCUCUUCUUUCAUCACUCAAAGCUAAAUUUCCUCUCAGUUGAGUCAUUUCUCUGUGACAAUGUGGGAGUCACCAGAGAGAGAGAUGCAACAGUCCACCUCCCUGGGUGAUUCAUUACUAAUCCAUGCAGCUCUGCACUGUGUGGUCACUCUGGCUCACCGUAGCCAUGUACGUGAUAUGAAUGAUGUGUUGUCUUAGCAUGAAUGACUACCAGAAAGAAAACCGCUUCUGUAUGCAGUGAAAUCAUGUAACACAAUCUCAUAGACGCCAAAUUUAUCUCCAGAAGAAAGUGAAUCAAUUCCCCGAGCUCCCCAUUUUAAUUAUUCAUACAGUAUAGCUUAGGCUGAAGUGUAAGUUAAUAUGCUCUCUAAUGAAAUUUCUCUUUGAAAUGCCCCUAGAGCUGCAGCAAAAGAUUGUAGGAGUGUAUGUAAACAGCAUUGAUUGAUUAUCUGUCUGUGUGAUAUAGAAGAGGAACCAGCAGCCGAGCUGUGUGUUUGUUUUUAAGGUCACCCAGAGCUCAUGUGUGCUUAAAAAUCAUGAUUUUAUCAGUGCAAGUGUGUGUAUGUGUGAGACAAAGAAAGGUUGAUGAAGCAGGUCUUGGCCCUUGUGACUUCAUCUCAUGUUACCAUCACAUCAUCACUUUCAGUAAGGGCUUCCUCUUACCUGGACUCCCAUCACAUUCAGCACUUCAACAAUGAUACCCUUGGAAACAGGAAGUGCUGAGAUUUAUUCAUAACGAAAGCAGACAAAGCAAAACACCUCCUUUCGCGAAAAGAAAGAAGAAAAAGCAGAUUUAUGCUCAGAAUCUGUCCAGAUGGAGACACUGAGGGUGACAGGGGUAUCCUUUAAAACAAGAGCCAGCUGUCACUAAAAGUAGAAAAAAAAAAAAAGAUUUUGCAUUAAUUUCCUCUUGUUCGUGAGUGCAGCAGCAGAGAUUUACACAUUUCAGUUGACAGCUGACGGACCUGCUCCUUUAAUUCUCCUGGGACAGAGGCCAUGGCUUACUAUAUCGCCUUGAUUAGACUCAACGUAAUUCUACUCAUACAAUUUAGUGAUUUAGCUGUGGAUCACAGGUUUGGAGCAGCUUAUUCUUUGGAAUCCAAAAAUAAAGUUUUGUCCAGCCAAUGAUAAUUAUUAGUCAUAAACAGAAGGGAUAGUUUAAGUACAGUGAAACAUGAUGAAAAUCAUCCUGUCUUUGCCCAUUUGUGCCCUCUGAGGACAAAGCUGCUCCACCUAUUCUUUGCUGAUCUUGUUUUGCACCAUGCCAUUUUAUGAACUUAGGCUAUGGCAGUAAAUGUUCAACAAUAAUCAUUUUAUUAAAGGGACAAAAGGAGACUUUAAUGUGAGUGUGGCACUGUGGGACCUUUAAAAUACACGUUUUCUCGUGCAUCUAAUCCGUCACCCUAAUCUAAUCUGUUCGAGAGCACAUUUAAUAAGACAUUUUGAUUAUCUUUAAAUCGUUAAAGAUGAAGACUCAGAUCAGUGUGCAGAGAACUAAAUGUCUAUCCAGUACAACGCAGAAAUCCAGAAAUCACUCAAAUAAAAUACUUAGCGCCUGAUCUACCGGAAGUUUAAGUGUAUAAAAACAUGUGCAAAUUUGAUAGCGCAAACUUGAAGCUGAUGUACAAACCAGGUCUAAUCUAAAAUCUAAAUCUAAAUACCACACGCAAUCCAUUUAGCCUGUUUGCCUUCAUGAAUAUGCAGAAUGUAUGCAGAUAUAUUUAGCAUGUUUGAAAGGUAGGUGAAAACUGGCACAGCGUUAUGUAAAAAUACCAGCUGUCAUUGUGGCGGGAAGGCGGUGCAAUGUAUGGCAGUUGGAUAGUGCCACAGCUUACUUCCUAAAGGCAACUGUCAUGUGACGCCUAUGUAUGAGAAUGUUACCUUUGCUAAGUGAGUCCCCACCUAAACGUAUGUGUGGAAAUAUCGAAUGCUAUAGUUUCCUCUUUUAGUCAUGGUACGUGUUGAUGUAUUGAAUGAUUUAGUAUGUAUUGCUGGUCUCCUUUUUAUUUAUUUUUUUACCGUUUUCUAAUGUUUCAUUAUAUUACCAGAUUUCAGCAGUACAGUUAAGGACAAUGAAGUAUUAUCCAUAAAGUCGUGCCAAUCUUGUACUUUUGCACAACUUGAGAACAAUAUUGAUGCAUAAAAAGGUUUUUUCUCAUGAAAAAGGUUCGUUAUGCAGGUGAUCAGUCAGGGUGUAUCCAAACAAAUUUGGCAAGGAGCGGGCAAAUUCAGGAAAAUAUCACAGCUCAAUUGACCGAAUUUUAUCAUGACAGCAAGUCACACGUCUUACUGGCGAUGAACUUUGUUCAGAUGUCUUUUGCAGAUGGAAAUUUUAUAUGAAUUCCUUACCCACAUCGCAGCAAUAUCGUCCACCCACCUGUACCACCGUGGAGUAGCCGAUGGUCUCUCAUCUGCAGAUCCUAUGGAGAAAAUCCACACUGGUGGUGACGUAGGUUAGGCUACGCCUUUGCCUUUCCUGGGAUUUGGCACUAUCCAACUGCCAAAGCAAUGACAGACGACAGAAAGAGAGAAUGUUCUGUGCGGGUGUCAACAUAUUUGGGCUGUCAGAAAUAAAAUAGUUGUGACAUAUCAUCUCUAUCCAGCAAUGCCAAUUUUGAGCUAUCGCAGUUUGUGCCAGCAUCUUCCAGAAAAGUUUUUCUGGUGUGCUGUCCCAAGUGUUAAAUGCUAUGUCACACAGGAUGGGCAGCUAUACCUAGUUCCCACGCAGUCGGAAUAAAUGACACAAAACAUUUUUUUUUUUUUUUGCAGUUGCUGGCUUCCCAAAAAUGAUAGGUGCAACUUCGUAGCUUCAAACUUCAUUUUUCAUUUAUGGCUACUCUGCUCUCCCAAACUCUUCAUGGUAACAGUUGGUAGCUCAUGCAAAAUCCUCAUUUAAUAGGGCGGUCCGCACUGCUUUUGCGCCUGUUAUCAAUCGCACAAGCAAUCAUAGCAGAUCACCCGCAACGUGCCCAUUAAUAGCACAUGGAAUUUUUUAGUUUGUACAUGCAAUUUAGCGCUACUUAUUUGGGAUCUUAGUAGAUCUGGUCCUUAGCAAUUAAAAUCACAGAUUUAAAAAUAUGGUUCAAGCUUGAAACCAAUGCCUGACUGGCUUGUUGAAUUCAUUGUCAAGAGAGAAAAAGUUGUUUUCCAAAAAUGUUAUGACUUUUUAUUGACUUUAACUCGAAGGAAAAUUAGAUGUUUUUCAAAUAUGAAAAUGAAAAAUACUGAAGUCCCCAUUAAGUGUUUUGCGUUGUUAUUGACUAAAAGCAGAUCAAAACUAUAAAGGGCUAAGGACUAAAAUUGGAUGAUAACUAAUAUGUAUUUUCAUCAAAAAACUAAGACUAAAUCUAAUAAAGCAAUCAAAAGAAACACUCAGCUUUUCAUCCACCUUUGUUUCCAAAUGGAUCCAGUUUUGUUAAUAUUGUCUCGUCUGGUAUCUACCCCUCUGCAACUGUUACUUGCAUUGAGUCUACAGUAAUGAAAUUGUCUCUUUUUUUUCUUUCUUUUUCUUUUGUUUAUAGCCUUAUUUGCUUUUGCAAGUCAUUAAGAGGCAUCACUGUUCAUUUCAUUUUGUUUUAUUACCAGUCUUAGAGGAGCUUUACUUUUCAGCAGAAUGGUGAACGCCUCACUAUUACAGGAUUGCCUCAGAGAAGCUUGUUCAUAUUCAUUCAGUCUCUGAUGUUUGACAUGGCAGAAGACACUAGAAGGGAAGUUAUUUAUCCUGAUACACAUAGUCUGAGUUCUGCUGUUGCUGAGCUCUCAUGAUGGUUUGGUUAUCUGUUGGUUGGACUUUAAUGUUGAUGGGUUUUCUUGGCAUUAUGGUCAGAGAGUUGUUUGAGCUCUUUUGUGUUUGUGUUCUUGCUGUGUCCAGUUUACUUGUGUGUCAGAGCCCUUUGUAAAGGUUUGUUUGUAAAGGUACUAAAUAAAUAAAUUUAUUGUGAUUAAAUUUAAGUUUAUCUUCUAUUAUUUUAGCGGUUUUCACUCAUACAUGUACAUGGACAGCAGCAAAUUUAAACCAGUCAGAUUUUGGGUUGACAAACCACCAAAUAUUAUUCUGAUUCAAAUAUAGACAAACCACAUAAAACAUGAUAAAGGACUCAGCUGGGAGUUGUGAUUUUUAUUGAUUUGAAUCAAUGAAAACACUACUCAAAUAUUGUAUUGUAAGACUGAAGGGGUGGAGUUCGCAUGGAGUGAGAAAUGAGUUUAACUCAGUUGUCAAGUUUGCCUUACCUUCCCGACUCCUAAUUCUCCAUAUUUCUCAAAUUUAGUGUUUGUAUACUUACCAUGUGAAUGAUCAUCUGACUGACUUAUGAGACAGUAUUUUGGAGCCUCUGUGGACAAAAUGGAACUCUGUUUUUCAAGCUUACCAUUGUUUGCUACCACUUACUGUUAUAACUGUGUCCAAGCCCCAAAUUUUCCUUAUUUUGUGAUAUGCAAGAGGGUGUAUUUAGUAAGAUGCUUCACGGUGUUGAGCGACUGUAAAUCAACAAAAGUGAAGAUAAAAUUGAGAUCACAGUGAACUGAGUGUCCACUCCUAUUACUGUAGUCUUAAAAGUGCAACAAGAACCUUUUGUAAUGGACCUCACAUGUGGGUCCAUUACACUUUUAUUUGAUGCCCAUGAAAGUCAAUACGGCAAUAAUCGUCAAAGAAAGAAAAGGUUUGUGUUUAAGAUUUGAUACACUGUUAUUUAGGAUGGGUAAAACAAGUUAUCAUUUAGAGGGAUGUUAAAAUUUCUCAACAGCAGUCACACUGAGGCUUACUGCAAAGUCUGCAGACAUUAUUUGCCAAUUUUUUUUAUUAGCCAUGUGACCCCAGGCUUUAGCCAAUCAUAUUCUUUCAAAAUACCAUUAACUGGCCUGAUUAAUCUGUCUAUCUCUGGAGUGAAAUACUACUUUGCAGGUUGAACACUUUCUAAUACAACCUUUUUUAUUAUUUUUGACCAGCUAAUUGAAUUAGUUUGAAAAGACUGAUAGCUAACGUGGAUGACUACUUAUUGACGAUAACUUAUAUAAAUAUAAAGAUAUUGACACACAGUAUUUUAGUGCUUUCUCUAGCUUUCCGAUCACUUUAAGCGCUUUUACAUUACAUGUCAAAGUCAUCCAUUCACUCGAUAUUCACACACUGGCACGAUAUGGCAGAGGCUGCUGUGUAAAGCACCAAUUAGUAUCAAGUGAUGCCAUUUAGAAAUCACUGACAUAUUCCCUGGAGAGAGUUUAGGUUUGGGUUUCUUGCCAAGAAAACCGUCGGCAUGUCGACGGUGAGACCUGGAAUUGAAUCCCCAACCUUCUGAUUACGAGACGACUAGCUCUACUGAGUCACACCUGUCCUCCCCAGUGUUUUCUGUUGAUGACUAAAACAAGACUAAAAUUAAAAAUGAGCAAACAAUGACUGAAAUGUGUAGGCAUUUUUUGUCCAAAGACUGAGACUGAGACUCAAUCUGAAGUAGCUGAAAACUGGUCCAUUCAGAUAAAGUGCAGUGACACUAAUGUUGAUUUCACAAGCUAUGGUGUUGCUUUUAGGGUCAAUGAUCUAAGACUCCAGGGAAAAACUGGUCCUUAACCUGCCUAAAGGAAAGUGAUAAAUACUAUAAGUAUUGUCCAGGAUAUGAGCUCCUCCCUGAUGUUGAAGGCCGGUUUGUAGAGACGGCUCACAGUCCUAAUAUGAAUUGACUCUGUAGCUCAGACAAAGACGUGGGAAGCAAAACAUUAGAAGCAUUUACCAGCACACAUUUUAAGCACAGGGGACAAUUUGCAAUGAGCUAUUUUGUAGUUUGUAAUAUAUAUCGGGUCAAAAUGAGAUGUCUCAAAUCAAAGCUACAGUCCUAGACAAAUGUUUCAAACAUCUCACCAAGCAAAACACUCAGCAGCCAAAGGAGCCUGAGAGAGAAAAACAAAGAUAUUUACCUCACAGAAGAAAAGCAAAGAGAGGCAAAAUCUUCCUGACAAACCUGAAUAUUGUCACUUCCCUCCCAGUGCAGAUGUUUGUGUUUUUCAUCACACCUCGAUUUGGAGAGUGUGCAUGGCACGCUAAAGUAUGAUGGUUGCACCAGUUACCAAAACGCCAACCACACUGCGUCACAGCCUCAGACAACCUUCACUUAAAAAAAAACAACAGCCUUUUCUCCCAUCCAUCCCUCCAUUCGCUCCUCUACCUGUCCAGAUAUUGUUUCAGAGCAGAAGCAGUCUCUCUUACACAACACAAUCCAAGUGUGUGUGUGUGUACAUGUGUGUAUGCUUCAUAUGUGUGUGUACAAUGUAUGUAUGCACGUUGCCAUGGCUACAAGCUGGGAUAGCUGGCGUCAUCGCUUCCAAACCACCUUCGCAGCAAGCAAAGGGAGACAGAGAAGGACUGAAAGCUGCUCCCCUCUGUUCAACACCUGUAUCCGUCUCUCUCUUAUACACACACACACACACACAGACACACACACUUCCUGGCACUGGUGUGGUCAUAUUUCACUGAGCUCUCCUGGUUUGUUCAGCAAGAUCUGGUGGCACAGCAGAAGAGGAGAAAGAGAGAAGAAGGAGAAGAGCUUUGACUUGAUGUAUACUGAUUGGCUGGGAACAAUCUGAGUGUAUUUUUAAAGGGAGUCUGCCUCCGAUCAUAUGUGCCUUUUUUAGCGAGAGGGGGAGAGGAAGAGAGGAAGAGAGAUGCUCACAGUUUAGUGUGUCACCUUACAUCACCAUCCUACUCAGCUCGGGGCACACAUGGGCGCUACUCCAACCCAUCCCAGGAGGAAAAGAGACAACUAAAUUCCUCAGAUUGAGUCACAGGGGCUCCACUUUAUAAUGUUUGGAGGAAACCAUCAAAAUUAUAACCUUUACACAUUUUUACAAAUUCUUUCACAUUGAAGAAGAGAUGUGUAAGAUCUGUCAUUAGAUUCAACUAAAAUACUCUAAUCAAUGCACUAUUUCCCAUUUUAAAACCACCAAAAAUUGAAUGAACAUAUAUGAUAACUGAUGCCUCCAUUGAACUUGAAAAAACAAGACCAUCAAAGACAAGAUUAUCAGCUUUUGUAUAGUUAUUUUUAGUGCUUAUAAUUGCUUUUAAGUUACAGCACAUUGCAAAAACUUUGUACACAUUUUCCAACAUUAAAAUGGUGGCUGACAAUAUAGUUUUUCAAAAGAUGGCAGGAGGAGAUUUAUUGUCAAAAAACACUUUCAUGUUUUACAAAUGUAAGCCCCUUAAACUUUGGAAAAUAUAUUUAUUUCCUGUCUGUUUUAAAGGUGUAACUGGUUGUAACUUGGUUAAAGGGCUGCUAAAUACUGUAUACCAUGUUGUGUAAAAAGUGUAGAUAUAUCAGUUUCAAGCUUUAGCCUACACCUGACUUCAUCAAUGUAUUUAUUUUUCAAUUGCCCCCAGUUUAUGUGUUUUCUGUUGAGAAUAUAGUGUCAGUGCUGACCAGAAAAGACUAUUUUUACUACCCCUACUACCACUUUGUUUCUCCAUCCUUUUGGACGUUGAACACAAACAAUGUGAAACCUAAUAGUCUGCUGUUUUCUCUCUUUCAGGUUUGA